CCGAGUUCUCAUCACAGACCAACGGCACAACAGAGCAUCGAUCGAAUUACAGAUUACAGCGGAUCGUUAAGAUAAGCAGCAAAUCCAUGGGAGCGGGCAUGAAGCGCGCGAGGGAGGAGGCGCCAUUUGUGUCCCUCGCGCUGUCGCUCAGCUCAGAUUCCUCGACGUCCACCACCACCUCGGCGGACUCGGCCAGUGCGCUGGCGGCGGACGCCGGGAAAAGGACGCGGCGGGGGAGAGCUGUGGCCACGUCCGGGGAGGGCGAGUUCGUGUGCAAGACGUGCGGCCGGGCCUUCGAGACGUUCCAGGCGCUGGGCGGGCACCGGACCAGCCACCUCCGGGGCCGCCAUGGGCUCGAGCUCGGCGUCGGCGUCGCCAGGGCGAUCAAGGAGCGGAAGCGGCAGGAGGACAAGCAGCACGACUGCCACAUCUGCGGGCUCGGCUUCGAGACGGGCCAGGCGCUCGGGGGCCACAUGCGCCGGCACAGGGAGGAGAUGGAGGAGAUGGCACUCAGCGGCGCCAUCUAUCGGUGGGUCGCUCUGUCGGAUCAGGAGGCGGGGCACCAGGCCGCCGCGGACCGGCCGCCCGUCUUGCUCCAGCUCUUCGUCUAGAGUCUUUAGAAUCAGAUAGUUUCAUUGUUCGACCUUUUAGGCUUGUACAGAGUACAAUUUUGGUGGUUAGCGUUUUUGUUCUUGCUGGAUAUUUGCAUUGGAUGGGUCCCUUUUUUAACCGAUU